AUGAACUUUGCUGCGAGUGGCUCCUCCUCUCCAGUGGCGGGUGAUGUUGCUGGUGCGGAUAAGGCUCUAUCGGAGCUUACAGCGCUUCUCCCAGAGCGAUGGGAAGAGCGAGGUGGGGCUGUGACGCGGGCUAUGAGUGGACUAUUACAGAAUCCCUUCUUUAGUGCGGGUGCGGGUUUGUAUCUAUUAACAUUUGCGGGAGCCGCAGCCCGUUCUUUUUCAGUGGCUGUGCAAACCGCCCUACGACGUCGUUUUGUGGUAUCCAUGGAACUCACCAGUCAAGAUGAGAGUUUUAAUUGGAUGGUGCGAUGGCUUGCACAGAAUCCUGCCUUUUAUGUACAGCAGGUAAGUGUUACCACUCGAAAUACCACCAUUUACUCAAAUGAUGAAUCCUCACAUGAGUGUUUAUAUGCACCUUGUACAAAUGUUCGUCAUUGGUUUUGGUAUAAUAAUCGUCCCAUGCUUCUUCAACGUCGUCGUGUGGAAACGCAGGCGAUGGGAACAGAUGUAUUAGAGACGAUGCAGUUUACCACCAUUGGUCUCUCUGCACGAGUAAUGCAGGAAAUGGUGGAGGAUGCCCAUCGCUUGACUUCUCUGCGGAACAGUGAUCAUACCGUUAUUUAUCAAAACAGCGGUGGACGAUGGACGCGACAAGAUCCACGUCGUCGUCGUCCCAUGCAUUCCGUGGUAUUAGAUGGACACACCGCCACGGAGUUAUUAAAAGAUGUGCGGCUCUUCUUAAGUAGUGGACGAUAUUAUGAAGAUCUUGGCGUUCCGUAUCGUCGGGGGUAUUUACUGCAUGGACCACCGGGAUGUGGAAAGAGUAGUGCGGUGAUGGCACUUGCAGGGGAAUUACGACUCGCCAUUUGUCCAUUAAGUCUUUCCGGUCGUGGACUUUCAGAUGAUGCCCUCAUCGCCUUAUUAAAUACCGCCCCUCUGCGGUCUAUUGUGUUGUUAGAAGAUAUUGACCGGGCCUUUAGUGCGGAUAGUCAUAUCACGAUGAGUGGAUUAUUAAAUGCCCUGGACGGUGUCGCUGCGCAGGAGGGACGAUUGGUGUUUAUGACAACAAAUCACGUGGAACGGUUGGAUGAUGCUCUCAUUCGACCUGGACGGUGUGAUGUGAAAGUAGAGAUUGGACUUCUCUCUCCCAGUCAGGCAAGGCAAUUAUACCGUAAAUUCUUUCCACACUCCACAGAGGCCCAACAGGAUCAAUUUGCCUCUCAAAUCCCAGCACGGACGUUAAGUGUGGCCCAAAUUCAAUCCCAUCUCUUUUUACAUCGUGAUAGUGCAGAGGCGGCCAUCACAGCACUUCCAGCAUUUCUGCAAACAGUGAAAUCGUUUGAAGUGCGUGUGCAGCGAGCACGAGAAAAGGAAGAGGCGAUGACACGUAUGAGAAGAGCACCCAUGCUACACAACCUCUAA